CCAUUUCCUAGUUCGCUCGUGCACAUCUCCGACGAUCCCAAUUCAAAAUUUAUCACUUCUUCCAUUUUUUUGUAACUAAAAAAGACAUAAAAGAGAGUAGAAACAAGCUAGAGAGUAGAGAGUCCAAUUCUUUCUUUUGGUACAAAAUAACAUUGAAAAAUCAUCACCAGUUUUGUUUGUUUCGUUGAUGGCAUCUUCCGGUAACAGUACAACGGCAGGGACAGGUUCACCGUGCGGAGCGUGCAAAUUCCUGAGGAGGAAGUGUGCAUCGGAUUGUAUAUUCGCACCUUACUUCUCAUCAGAGCAAGGAGCAGCAAGAUUCGCAGCUAUUCACAAGGUGUUUGGAGCCAGCAACGUCUCUAAGCUCUUGCUUAAUGUCCCAAUCCAUGAUCGAUGUGAAGCUGUUGUCACCAUCGCCUACGAAGCUCAGGCUCGUCUUCAUGAUCCUGUGUAUGGCUGUGUCUCCCAUAUUUUUGCCCUUCAACAACAGGUGGCUUACUUGCAAGCACAAGUCAUGCAAAUGAAGGCACAAAUCGCCGGCCACCAGACGUCAGCCGCCGGGGAUCUAAGAAAUAGUCCGGAAAGUGCUCACCAAUUCACGACGUGGCAACAAACUAGUGGCUCUCCGAUCGGCAGUACUGCAUACUCUACACCAUAUAAUCAUCAUCACCAUCCUUACUACGGUCACGUAAACCCUAACAAUCCAGUCUCGCCACAGAGCUCGCUAGAAGAAUCUUUUAGCACCACGAGCAGUGAUGUCACUAGAACAACUAACGUGAGUGAGACUCAUCAAACCGGAGGAGGCGUAUACGGUCAAGGCGGGUUAGAGUUUCACGAAGGAUAUCCUAACAAGAAGAGAUCAGUGAGUUAUUGUAAUAGCGAGCUAGGUGAGCUUCAGGCUUUGGCUCUUAGAAUGAUGAAGAACUAAGAUAAGUUGGUAACUUAUG